AAAGAAAUUAACCCUCUGUAUAAUGUUUUCUUACUCCAGUUCGUCAAUUCUUUCCUUCUUUGAUAGAUACAAAGCAACGUACAACGAACCGCGGCUUAUAUUUCCAUAAACAUCUUAUUACAUAUAUUGCGGAACGUAAUAAACCACCUUUAAUUCCCUCCCUCUCUCUAACACACAAACAAUACCAGAGCAAAUGGAUAUUGAAGGCCGAGAAAACAACCUCCACCACCAACAGCAGCAGCAGCAGCAGCAUGUAGGGAUCAUGAGCAGCGGGCUAAAGCGCUUCCUGGUCGUGCUCAACUGCGUGCUCAUGGCUCUCGGCAACACCGGCGGCCCUCUCCUGCUCCGUCUUUACUUCCGCCGCGGCGGCCACCGCAUUUGGCUGUCCAGCUUCCUCGAGACGGCCGGCUGGCCCCUCCUCCUCGUCCCCCUCCUCGCAGUCUCCCGCACCCCGCCCUCCGUCUUCGCAACACCUCGCCUCCUCCUCCCCUGCGCCGUCCUCGGCCUCCUCACGGGGCUCGACGACUUCCUCUACGCCUACGGCCUCGCCUUCCUCCCCGUCUCCACCGCCGCCAUCCUCAUCUCCACCCAUCUCGCCUUCACCGCCCUCUUUGCCUUCCUCCUCGUCCGCCAGCGCUUCACCCCGUACUCCCUCAACGCCGUCGCCCUCCUCACUGUCGGCGCCGUCAUCCUCGGCCUCCAAGGGCAGUACUACAUGGGGUUCUUCCUUACGCUCGGAGCCGCAGCGCUGUACGGGUUGGUGCUUCCCCUAGUGGAGCUGACGUACCGGAAGGCAAAGCGGCCGAUCACGUACACGCUGGUGAUUGAGAUGCAGCUGGUGAUGGGGUUCUUCGCCACCGCAUUUUGCGCCGUGGGGAUGAUCGUCAACAAGGAUUUCCAGACAAUUCCAAAGGAGGCAAAGAACUACGAGCUCGGCGAGGCCCGUUACUACGUGGUGCUGGUGUGGAGCGCCAUCUUCUGGCAAUUCUUCUUCCUGGGCACGGUGGGAGUAAUCUUCUGCGUGAACACGCUGCUCGCGGGGAUCAUCAUCGCGGUGUUCAUCCCCGUGGUCGAAGUCCUCGGUGUCAUCUUCUUCGACGAGAGGUUCAGCAGCGAGAAGGGUGUGGCGCUCGCGCUCUCGCUUUGGGGCCUCGCCUCCUACUCCUACGGAGAGUAUAGAGAAGGAAAGGAGAAGAAGGAAAAGGAAGUGGCUCUAAGAGCUCAAUCUGGUUGAUUCGCGGAGGUUGUUUCUUUUUUUGCUUAUUUUAAUUAUAUGUAGGGAUUGGCAAACUGAAUGUGUAGACAGAGCUCAGCCAAGACUACUGAGACGCAGGCAAUUUAAUGUCUAAAAUUAUCUUAAAAUUUGGGCCCUUAGCUUGGAGAUUCAUGUGCUGCACUGAGAUGAAGGUACGGAUGCUAUCCGGCGGAUUGGAACCAUAUCGGAAAGAUUCCGUUAAGGCCCAUCUCAGCCAAACUUUGUUCAUAAAUUACUAUGUACCUUUGUGCACGUCAGUAUCAAAAAUGUUAAGAAAUAUGUAUUGGUAUUAUGGGAUUUAAGGUGCUUGACUUAA